AUGAAAGGAGGGCUUGGAGACCUACGCGUUUGGGGGUCGACAGUUGUCACCAGGGCCAGCAAGACCUUUUGCGCCGGUCACUCGGUUCAGCUCAAGAGGGGUUUGACUCCGGGUCGGCCGAACCGACCUCGAGUACAAGCAACUCGCCUUCGUCGUGCUCGGCAGCGAUAUGGUGUCCAAGGGACGAGGCAUGAAGCAGUGGAAGGCGAUGCUGGAACGGCCGGACAAGCAAGUCGUCGAGUGGCAAGAGAUGCAGCCGAUCCGCUGACGUACUACUCCCGCCCACCUCGACGCCUCGGUAGUGCUGCCUGGCAGACGUUCUUCGGCUUCCUGCCCGUCAACAUGGCCCCGUCCGGAGCCCAUCUUGCCGGACUGUGUAUCCACACCAUCUCGUCCAAUAACCAGCCAUUAUGUCUGUACCAAAAUUGCCUUAGCUGCCGACGAAUGGAUGGGCGGUUGCUAACUGUCGACAAGUCGACUAAGGCGGUCUGA